UAAUGAGCGCGUUAAGAAUUAGUAUGGAGAUCUGUAGUUCAGUUACCGCUUGCGUAAAAAAGCUAAAAUCUUAACGCGGUCGCAAUUGACGGUGAACGUAAACAUCAAAAAAACUUAUACUAUAAGUUCAGAAUCGAAAAAUAUAGUCCCCCGCGUAUUAUGUAGUUUCCGGUAGAUGAAAGAUUUUCAUAAACCGGUUCUAUAGUAUCGGAGCAUAUCCAAUGCAAACAAACAAGCAAUCAAAUCUUUCUUCUUUAAAUUAAGAAUAUAAUUUAUUAUUAUUGAAAAAAUAACAUAGAGCAAAUUAACAAAAUCUCAUUUUCUAAGACUUUCACUAUGUUGAAUAUUUCUAUCGACCUAAUUCGAUAGCUGUUAAAGAUUUUAUAUAUUUGUUAUAUGCUAUACAUAGUUUAAAAAUUAGCUGAGUAAUUCUUCCUAUCACGCUUGUAGCGGACACUCUCUGUUCAGUAAAAGAGUGUGUAUAGAGUGCGUCGGACAGAAUUAUGCAAGCAUAUAAAUAAAUUAAUUUUUAGAACAUAAUUUGUUUUAGUGAUGGGCAAUAAGACAUGCCAUUCGUUGUUUAGCGUAGCACGACGUUCACGCCCUCGAUCCCGCGUACAAAGUCGUUCCAGUAAGAGAGAAACAUGAUCUCUAUCCUUUGUCGCUGCCAGCGGUGGUUCGUCAACCUGACCAGUCUCUGUGACCGCUUGUAGAACGCAGACGUUUCUCUGGGAUCUUAUGAAAAGAUAGCUAAAUGCGCAAUAAGUAUUUAAAGAACCACGGGAGCUCUCCAGGUGCCUGAGCUGGUUGCUGGCGGCAGCUUACUAAGAAUGCAAACAUUCUUCGGUUACCAGGAAGACGAGUGUCCGUGGUAUUAUUUCGACGGCUCCUACAAGACUUUACUAGGCGCCUGUCUGAUUAUAUUUGGUGAGAAUGAAGUGCGUGAUGAUAGAUACGACGAGGACUUACUGUGUUAUGACUGGCUAUGACGUAAUCUACCUCAUUAUUCAGUGGUCUUUAAUCUGGAUGUUUUGACAGGUGUAUUCGGGGUGCUGCUAAACGGCUGGCUAUUUGCCACGUUUAUCCACAGUCACCUGUUAAUAUUCAGGAGUCAUAUAUUAGUUUUUAAUAUUUGCUCAGCGUCGCUUGGCAGGAAUAUACUUGGGUUUCCAUUUUCGGGAUCAUCCGCUAUAUCUAAAAGGUAUUUUUUUUUAUUUUUAGCUGCAAAUCCACUACGUAUAAGUACUUAAAAUAUACAUUAGACACCAUCAAAUAAGAUUCCAAAAUCAGUAGCUCAAGCUCUCGUGUCUAAAUGGACUCGAUCGGGAUCGAACCCAAUAGCUCAGAGAUGGCGAUAUCUUUGUUGAUAUCUAUUCGACUAUGAGGUCGUUGUACUUAGUAUAAAUCUAUGUGAUUUGAUAGGGAAAAGAAUGUUGGUAUAAAUUGUUUUAAUAUGUUUGAAGACUAAAGAAGAAGUAAGUAUUAUUAUAAACAUAACACCUUGCAGAAUUACUUGAUCUAAAUUGUAAUUGUGUUUGGCAGAUGGCUAUUCGGCCCAGCAUGUUGUCAGCUGUUUGCAUUUUUGAAUCAGUUCUUUGGGGUCUUCCAAAUGGCAGCUUUGUUUGCUAUUGUACUGGAAAGAUAUCUACAAGCCAGAUUCUACAGACGUGAAAAGUCUUUAUAUUUCCGAUGGUAUUGGACGCUGGUGGGUCUCUGCUGGCUGAGUGCAGUAGUGUUUGCUACACCCCCUUUAUUCAGCUACGGGCUGUAUUCGUGUGACGCCACGGGUACUGUCUGCACAUUACUGUGGCCUUCCACUAAUGCUGGAUCAAGACAUAUUGGCUUCGCUGUGCCAUAUGUUGUUAUAUGCGGGGUAGCACCUGUCAUUGCCAUAUUUUAUUUUAUGGGGAAAGCUAUACGUUUGGAAAAAAUAUAUUACAGAAGUGAACAACAAAGAGAACAAAAACGUUUGACUAAGAGUGUUCAUGCUCUAACAGUAGCGACACUAGCACUAUGGAUACCCGCGGCGAUUUUGGUGGGUUGGCAAUGGCUGCCGCUUCUAGUGUACGGAUACAGACCUCAUGUGCCUCCUGCUUUGGCACUCAUAGCACCUAUUGCUGCUGAGGCAGCUACUAGUAUUCCAGUACUGUGCUACUUGACUGUGGACGAGAGAUUGCGGGCUGCACUCCUGGGUCGAAUGCGGAGGAACUAUGCGUUACUGCAUCCAUGCCGGGCCAAAAAGUUUAAUCUCAAUCUCCUUAGCAAUUAUUCUAAUAAUAGUUAUAUCAGUCUCGAGAAAAAUAAUAGGAAAAGCACAAACAAUCUUUGGUAUAAGAAUACCACUGUUUAAACAGUUACGAGAAAUUCGAUCACUAGACGUGAAAAUACUACAACAUUUAGAUACUGAAGAAUUGAAUAGAAGAAGUAUAAUAAAGCAAGGAUUAUGUGUGUGUGUAUGUGUGUUAUUCAAUCAGCGUUUAUGCGUAAAUAAAAAAGACUGAAUAGACAAUAUCAUUGUGAAAUUCGGUUAUUGCAGUUUAAUUAUUUAUGUGUAAAGUUACAAAGUAUUAAAUUAUUUUUAUUUUACUAAAACAUAUCUUGUUUUAUUUUUAGAGCGCCUGAAAAAAGUUCCAGUCAGUUAUAAUUUUUUUAUAGUGUCCCUGCCUGGCAUGGAGGUAAUUACAUUAGGUCAUCUCAAUUAUAUGUUGUACCUUGCUAACAAAUUUAUUAAUUGUAGUUAUAAGCAAUCGAUAACACAUUAGUCCUUCAGGAUAGAUAUAUUUUUUUCAUGAAAAAAUAAUUAACAUAUAAUACAACAUAAAAUUUUAUUUACAUAUUCGGUGUCACAGAACUGCCAAGAGCGAAAACUUAUAAACAUAUCUCGUGUAUAUUUUUCAAAAAUAUGUAUGUAUCUAAUAAUUUGGGAACUACAAAACCUUAUUGUUCUUUUGCCAGUUUUGUAAUUGUAAUUGGGCAUAUAUAAGAAGAAAAUAAAUGGAUUUAUUUUAAUUUAGUUUUCCGUUUGAGUAUUUAUAAAAUACAUAAAUAAUAAAUUAUAACACAUACCAUUUACUUUUACUGAAAUGUUUAUUGCCCCCUCGAAGUCACGAGCGCCUAAAACGGGGUGUAUACUACCCACUUUA